AUGGCGCAGGCCGACACAAUCGAGGAAUUGGCCCGUCGACUCGACAUCGACCCCGAUGGUCUCACUGCGGAAAUCAAGGAAUACAACGCCGCGGUGCAGACCGACGUACCGUACAACCCGACAGUGAAGGACGGGCGCGGCACGGUCGGUCUCAGUCCCAACAAGACCAACUGGGCGCAGACCAUCGACACGCCGCCCUACCUCGGCUACGCCGUCACCUGCGGCAUUUCGUUUACCUUCGGUGGUGUCCGCAUCGACAACAGGGGCCGGGUGCUGGACACCAGCCUCGAACCGUUGCCGGGCCUCUAUGCGGCGGGCGAGAUGGUCGGCGGGCUGUUCUAUCACAACUACCCCGGCGGCUCCGGUCUCAGCGCGGGCAUGGUCUUCGGCCGCCUCGCCGGCAACAGCGCCGCUCGGGACGCCGCCGCCCUGCGCGACUAG